GUGGUCUCUGAGGAGGAGCCAGGCUGGACUGUAUUGUUCCGCUCUCAGCUUCUCCGGUUCUUCUGCCAGCUUCACACCCGGUGGGUGCACUCUAAGGCACAGGCGCCCCCCCUCCCCGCGCCCCGAGACAGUGCAGAGGAGGGGAGGUAUUACCUGAAACUCUGCUUCGGAGUCGCGGUGGCGGAGGAUACCGGUGGAGAUUCAGAGUUCCUGUUCCCCGCCUCACCGCGAGCCUUUGCAGGAGCGGGGGGAGGAGGUCCCCCGCGAUGGCCGCUGUCCGUCCGGGCCCCGCCAGGACCACGUGCGGACGCUGGAGCACCGCUCUCUAGCCGGCAACAGCGCCUCUUUGCCCCCGCCCGGCGAUGGGGAGCAGCGGGUCGGCGUUGAGGGUCUGUGCGGACCACCGCGGGGGCAUCAACUGGCUGAGUCUGAGCCCCGACGGGCAGCGCCUGCUGACGGGCAGCGAGGACGGCACGGCUCGUCUCUGGAGCACCGCCGAUGGCCAAUGCUGCGCACUCCUGCAAGGUCACGAGAGCUAUGUGACCUUCUGCCAGCUGGAGGACGAGGCCGCCUUCACCUGCAGUGCUGACUGCACCAUCCGGAGGUGGGACGUUAGGACCGGGCAGUGUCUACAGGUGUACCGAGGGCACACAUCCAUCGUGAACAGGAUCCUUGUUGCAAAUGACCAGCUUUUCAGCAGUUCCUAUGACCGGACAGCACGGGCGUGGACUGUGGACAAAGAGCAAGUGUCCAAGGAGUUCCGGGGCCACCGCAACUGUGUGCUAACACUAGCCUACUCUGCCCCCAAGGACCUGCCCAGUGAUUCCUGCUUGGAGGCAGCCAUGGGUGGCGGGCUCCUAGUGACUGGCAGCACGGAUGACACAGCCAAGGUGUGGCAGGUGGCCAGUGGCUGCUGCCACCAGACCCUUCGGGGCCACACAGGUGCAGUGCUGUGCCUGGUGCUGGAUGUUUCCAGUCACACGGCCUUCACAGGCAGCACAGAUGCCACCGUCCGUGCUUGGGACAUCCUGAGUGGGGAGCAGCUGCGGGUUUUCCGAGAACACCAGGGCUCUGUCAUCUGUCUGGAGCUCACAGACCGGCUCUUAUACACGGGCAGUGCAGACAGGACUGUCAAGUGCUGGCUGGCUGACACUGGGGAGAGGGUGCGCACGUUUCCUGCACACAGACACAGCGUGAGCGCCCUCAAGUACCAUGCCGGCACGUGUGGAGGUCCCAUUCCUGGGGAGGUGGCAGCCAGGAAGGGCCCAGUGUCCUGCUGUGUGUCCACAGUGUUCACAGGCAGUGGGGAUGCCUGCGCCCGGGCCUUCGAUGCCCAGUCAGGAGUGCUGCAGAGGGUGUUCCGAGGCCACACCUUUGUCAUCAACUGCCUCCAGGUAGGAGUCUUCCUGCCCAGCUCCGUACUGCCCCAGGGAAGCAAGGGGCUUCCCAUGGGAGGAGACUCCAGGGGCCUGCUCAUGGCUGACAGCUGUCCCGCCUGCCCACAGGUCCAUGGUCAGGUGCUCUACACAGCAUCUCAUGACGGUGCUCUACGUCUCUGGGAUGUACGUGGACUCCAGUCGGUACCACCUUCGCCACGCAGACCAGCAGCCAAGCGCAGCCUAUCGCGCCUCUUUAGCAACAAGGUGGCCUGUGCAGCCCCAGUGCCCCUGCAGCCAGCCUGA